AUGGGCCCUCCCCAAUGUAAGCCAGCGAUGUUCUCCAAAACCCCCAAAACACCCAAAUAUCAAGGCCCCCAACAACCCUACUUCGUCGUCCACUUCUCCCCGCAAAACAAGCCAACAAUUCGCGCGAAGCGCUUCUCCGCCGAUACGCGCAUGCAUCUCUUCGCGUUCCGCACCAAGAUUCAGCAUUUGUGGGCGAUGCGGGAAAAAGGUGAUUUGUGGUGGUCCGCCUCUGCUCACGGGGAGGUCUCGUCUGAGAAGAGCGUUAUACGUACGUGGUGCACGAGGCGGGUGCGGACUGCUUUUCGAGAUGCGUUGAGAGCACAUGGGUACGAUGACUGUGGACGGAGGAUGCCUGAUAUCGAGCGGAAGGAUGGGGUUCCGCAGUCGCAAUUGGAGGUGUUGAAGGGGUCGUUGGAGCUGCAUGUUCGGCUGGCUGUUAAGGAGGCUAAAUAUACGGAUCUCGUGAGGCAGUCGGAGCGUGUUGUUGAGAGCAUUGAACAGUAUCUCAUCAGGCUACGGUGA